AUGAGCACGUCCACGAUAACGAAGGGGUCUCUGGCGUUCCUGGGGCCCUUGCACGCGGCAUCUAUGAGUGUGCUUCAAUAUGUGCGGGUAGACCGUGUCGACGGCGCUCAAGUGCACGUCAACAUCGUGGAUCCUGGUGGGCCGUCUGACGGAGAGUCGCUAGAACCUAUUGAUCUGGAUGUGGUGAAGAAGCGAAGGGUCAGCGAUGACGAGGGAAAGCUGCUGUCGGGCUCCUACGUAGGCAAUCCUGUCGCAUUCAUCCAGCCGGACGGCAUUGAGAUGGACACAUGGGCUUAUUCGAUAGUCGUGGGCUCGGCAGCGAUGAACGCGGCGGAAUUACCUCCAAAACUGGAAGAGGUUCGAGCAUUGUGUACGAAGAGCCGCGUGGGCCUACCUGCAAAGGUCUUGAACGGUUUAACGGUGCAGUACGAGCCCGAGGCGAUAGCACCCGUGAUUCGGCCAGACACGCUCGCCGUAAUAUCCGCUCCGAGGCGCCACAUACUUGAGUGUGCGCUUAAAAGGAGAAAUAAACGCGUCGCGAGUAUGUUCGUACAUCCUGGGGACGUCGCUCCUACCAAUGGAACAAAACGGCAAGCUGCUACCGGGGAGUCCGUCCAUGAAAGCCGACGACCUCUGAGACGCCAAUGCAUGGUUGGGUUAGAAGGCAGUGACUCGGAUGCAGAGCCGGCAAUGAUGCAGACACCUGAUGAGGAGGAUGACCAGGAUAAGCGGGAAGUGCAACGCCAAAAUCACAUAUUGAACGCCAUCGGAGGAGGACCAAUAGGUCAUGCAGAGCUCGGCACAUAUGCAGUCGACGAGAUGCGCUCGAACACGACAACGACAUUUCGCCCAACGACGAUUGAGAAGGACAUCCACGACAAAAUUGGCCACCCAGAUCAUCAAGGUAAGGAUUCACAGCGCAUUCUUGAAUACGAACAGCAGGCCCGUGGUGCCGAACUGCGGCUGUGGACGCCACCAGUUCUUCGAGGCGCAUAUGAUUUUGGGUUUCGCAUUCGGGGACUGUCGAUAAUGCACUUUUUAGGACCUUCUCGGUCGGCUUUGAUGAACGGCGAAGUGCCGUCACCGGCUACGAAGAACCCAUCUUACGAGAACCUAAAGGAAGCAUUGAGAAACCUUCGCCAGUUUGGCGGCGGCUUUUACAACGAGAGUACAGUGGACUUCAUUCGCGCGAUUGAGCGCUUCGUAGAGAUCUUUGGUAAUACUGGUGUGCCUGACGGCGGUGCAACAAAAUGCCUGGUAUUCUGGAUUGACGCAAAGUUGUGUCAAUUUCGAGGAUUGGUAUUGGACGAAGGCCUGAUCUCGGCGAUGCGAAUAAAGGACGAGCUGUCGCUCCAUUACCCCCUACUAGCCGAGCUCCUGUACGAUGAGCAGAAGACGAUGAUAGCCACGCUCAAGGCGCAACUGGAGGUUAAGCCUACGAGCAACGCGCAGCCUUACUCAGGCAGUCGGGAAAUGCGUCAAGCGAGACAAGAGGGAUACCGAAAGAUGUAG